AUGUCUCUCUAUGGACAGGUCUGCAACUACCGCCCCUACCCACCAUGCAACGUGAGCUGCCCCGCGCCCUACGCUGACGCCUGGAACCAGGCGUGUGUCACCUCCUGCGGGGACUCCCGUGCCGUGGUCUACCCACCACCUGUGGUCGUUACCUUCCCGGGCCCCAUCCUCAGCUCCUGCCCGCAGGAGAGCAUCGUGGGCACCUCAGAGCCCCUGGGCCUGGGCAGCCCCUUUGGCCGUGGGAACUACUUGGGUGCCGGCAGCUCCUUCGGGUCCGGCAUCUCCCUGGGCAGCGGCUACUCCUACCCUCGCUACUCCCGCAGGUCCACAACCUACAGCCGUGGGAGCUGUGGGCCCUGCUAA